CAAGUAUCGGGUUCCCCUACUAACUUUCCAUUUCUGCCGACUCGAAAGUUUCUUCUACUCUAUACCAUCAACGCUCAUCAGUUGGCGAAAUUCGCUGUAAUCGUCGUUAAUCAGUCCGCUACAGGUAGUACCAUCGCGAACCAUCGACCGGUACUCUUCAACUCUUCGACGACCAGCCGUUACAUCUCGAAAUAUCGCGACGAGUUUCGAGUUCGCUGCGAGUUGUGCAUUGAAAUAACCGCGGAAAUGGCGCCGGUGCAGCCCUUCUUGAACGGAUUGAAGGCCGUGCCCGAGGGCAAGCAGAAGGAAUUGCAGAAAGUCAGAUCCUGGUUAUCAACCCAGCCACAUCUACCUGACAUAUCAGACGAUUACAUCUAUUUAUUCCUGCAUUCCUGCAAUUUUUCCGUGGACAGAACGAAGAACACGAUCGAACAUUACUUCAACAUCAGGACGAAUCACCCGGAGAUAUUCAGCAACAGGGAUUGCGAGGACGAGAAAGUCAAAGUCGUCAGAAAUUUAGGAAAUUUAAUGCGAUUGCCGAAAUUAACACCCGAAGGCUACAGGGUGCUCCUUUAUUCGGUGAGAGACAACGACCCCACUAAAAUGAAUUUCUCCGAUUGCGUCAAAACCUUCUCAAUGUUUAACGAUAUGGUAUUAUUCGAAGACGGCUUAGUAGAAGGAUAUGUAGUGAUCUUCGACAUGAAAGGCGUCCAGCUAGGCCACUUGGCAAGGGUCAGUUUGCCGGCUUUGCGGUGCUUCUUCCUCUACAUACAGGAAGCCCAUCCUGUGAAAAUCAAAGGGGUGCACGUUUUGAACACGGCCAGUUGGAUACAGCACGUCCUGAGGCUAAUAGUGCCCCUAAUUAAGAGCGAAUUAAUUAACAUGGUGAAAUUCCACAGAGGGAGUACACCGGAGGGCGUUCCGCUGGAUAUUCUGCCGAUGGAUUACGGCGGCGAAUCGUCCUCCGUGGAGGAUUUAGUCAAAGUGACGGAUUCCUUGUGGGAAACGUACCGAUCGUGGUUGUUGGAGAACGAGAAACUGAAAACGGACGAUUCCAAGAGGGCGGUGAAGAAGUCUUCUUGGUGGGGUUUCGGUAUGUUUAAAAGUAACGAGGAUUUAAACGAGAAGAACAUCAUUAAGAAUUUACGAUACGAUUAGAUAAUUAGGUGUUAUUUAACGGUGUACGGAAUUAGGUACAAGAAAUGAUAGUUUUGGAAAUACAGUUGGUGCAAAACAAAUAGGUGGCGUGCAUUGUUGUUUUGCACCAACUGUAUUUUAUUGUGAGCUCAAGCUGUAUAUAAAUUUAUUUAACUCGUACGUUGUCGCUUAAAAAGAAACCUAAUAAAUGUCGAAACUGGGCUGAAUAAUGAAUAAGUAUUAGAUAGCCAGUAUGAAUAUUACAUCGCGUUUAUCCGAGUAAUAGGGAUUAUUUUAUCAUAAACGAACUGUAUAAUAUUAUUUGUGGAUUGGUACAAUAAAAAUUAUAAUCGUCCCAAGUGUUUGAAAUUUCCUGCUGUCCCCAAAAACACGAAAUAAAAAACAUUUUUUUUUAAUAAUGUAUUAUCAUCGCUUACAUAUUUAUCAUCUCACAAUUGCGUUGUGAAAAAUAAUCGAAUUUUGCUGCAUUUUUCUACAUUUCCUUUUGCGACUGUAUACACGCUAAUCGUACACGUUCAAAGAACCUAUUAACUUCGUAAACGUAAUUUUAUUAUCAGUUUUAUUUGGUACAGUGUAUGAUACAUGUAAUGAAGAGAUAACAAGCCGCAGAAACGUUCCAAAAAUUUGUGGCCAAUGUUUGAUAUGUGACCAUUUUCACAACCAUCCGAAUCACUAAUUAAUCGCAUUCGUUCCGAAUUCAUUCGACAAAACUAAAAUAAUUCUUGUUAUAUAACCAUCUAUAUAACUUUAUUUAGUAACCAAAGAGACCAUAACCCUUUAGAAAGCUAAAUUGAAUCUCUAAAUUGUCCCUUUAGCUUCUAAAUAAAGCGACUAGGAAGAAACGCAUUAAUAUUUGAUAAAUUAUAUGUUUAACGUGGAUAUAACGUUGUAUAAAAUUCUUUAUGCAAUAUAUUUUUUAGGAAGAAGUUAUAUAAUCAAGAAUAACUUUCAAUAUACAUGUAAGCAGCGAAAAAUUUUAGUUUAUUAUGUACAAAGGAAGUCCAUGAGACGACUGACUGGUUGGAAACUUUGCAAAAAAUACGAUACAUAACGCUCUUUUAACAAGUAUUAUUUCAAGCAAAGUUUUGAUUCUUUUUAAUUACGUAUUAUAUAUAUACAAAAGUCUAGAAUAUUUUUAGGAUUAACAUCAAUAUUUAUAAUAAUUACUUGUAUCUUACAUACUUAAUAUUAUUUAUUAUUAAAUUAUUAUUUUGUACA